UCAGUUUAUAGAAUACAGCGAUUAAGUUUAAACGUGUCAGACGCAUUGAAAGUAACAUUUGUUUUUUUGAUAACGGAAGAAAACUUCAUAUUGGUUUAAUAGCAAAAGUGAAAGUGUUUGAAAAAAAUGCAAAAAAUUAUAUAAAAAUUUUUAAAACAAAUAAAGUUAAUUAAAAAAAUAAUUGAGUUAAUUAAUUUGAAAAAAUCUAACAAAAUGUCGAUUUUCAAAAAAUAUUUAAAAAUUUUAAUAUUUUUAAAUCUAAUUUUACUAAAUCUAUCUAAAGCUAAUGAUGGUUUAAAAAUUAAUACCGAUUUGACGGCGGGCAUUAUCAGUGAUAACUUAAAUUCGGCCAGUGGUAAUAAUAAUAAUAAUCAAAAUUUGGUGGAUUCGUUAAAUGCUCCUUUACAAAAUAAUUCUGAUAGUAUUGGUGUAAUGCCUGCAACUUCAGCUUCCGAGGAUAAUCAUAUUUGUACACGUGAGGAAGAAUAUGUGGAAGAAACGAGAACGCCUUCUUUACAGCCAGUGAAGAUAAGAACCGCUACUUGGUGCUUGGAAUUUCCACCUAGAUGUUCGAAUUAUAAAACUGAAAUGAGAGAAGUGGUUAAAGUACAGGUGGGUUAUCAUCUACCAUUAGAAAAUUUUCUAUAAAGAAAAUUUUGCCCAUUUACUGCCAUUUAUCCAUUCUACAACAAUUUAAAUUGUUUUUGUCCAUAAUAAAAUUAUUUUUAUAAAUUGUUAAAUAUUUUUAAUUCUGUUAAUUCCUUAGCACUUUAAAAAAUCAAUUAAAUAUUGUUGUGAUCGCUUUUCGACAAACAUUUAGCAC